AGGAACGAUUGUGUUCUUUUCUCCUCAUCAGACUUCUGUUGUAUCUUCCGCAGUGUUCCUACUAAAGCCAUACAUUUUUCUGCAUUACUGCUGUAUUCUCCCACAUCUUAUCAAGCGGGGUACCAUCGCCAGGUUAUGGAUACCUUUAUACUGGUAGCAAGAAAUCAUCUCGAGCGACGAAAGAACUCCAAGACAUGUCCAAUUGAAGAUACCCGUGGCCCUGAGAUCGUGCCCUUCGUCGGUAACCUUACAUUCCACCAAUUCGCAACAAUUCUGUCUGGAGCCUGUGCCAUCCUCAGCACGAUCAUCGUCGGUAUUCUCAUCGCCCUUCAUGCAUUCAACUACUCGAAUCCUGUACAACAACGACAGAUCAUCCGGAUCAUGUUAUUGGUACCAUGGGUGGCGCUGUUCUCCUUUCUCGUCGUCUGGCGAGAAGACGCUGGAGAAUACCUAGUACAUUCACUUGAUUUCGGCUGUUCCAUCGCGCUAUCGGCCUUCCUGCUGUUCAUGUGCGAUCUUGUGCUCUCGCAUCGUGAGGGCUUUGACGCUUUGUUCGGAGAAGGAGCGAGAGCCAAAGGUACUCUUAAAGAAAACAGUCCAAAUUGGCUGAAGCGUAUUUGGUACGGCGUGCUUCAGUUCAUACCGACCAGUAUCAUCAUAUGGAUUGCCACCGCAGCUACCCUUGCUACCGGCACCUACUGCAAACAGUCCAACAACGUACACUUCGCACACCUGUGGCUCACGAUUCUGGUCGCAUAUACCACCACAGUCGCUAUCAUCAGUUCCCUCAGGUUCUAUAAGUUCAACCAGAAGUUGUUGAAGGAGCAUCGAAUCAUACUCAAGCUGGCGACAUUCAAGGGUAUUCUUGGUCUGAACUUCCUCCAGUCGUUUAUCAUCUCCCUACUCGCGGGCCAUGGCGCACUCAAACCUACUAAAUACAUGACAUUCCACGAUAUCAAUAGCGGCCUCGCCUCGCUCAUCCUCGCUUGCGAAAUGCCCAUUUUCGCAGUCCUUCUUCUCUUGGCCUUCUCACCAUUACCGUACAAGCAACAGGGUAGUCCUGCUGCAGGGCCGGUCAAUGCCGUCGUUGAUGCUUUCAACAUCUCGGAUCUGUUGUCGGCGUUCUAUCGGGGACCCAUGAGACUGGUGAGAGACCAGCAAAGACAGAUCAUGCGACAGGACAGUAUGAGGAUUGCUAUGGUCCCACCUAGAGAUGACGAUGAGAGGGAAGGCCGAUCCGCUGUGUGAGCUCUCUUAGAGUAAGGUGCACGGUGUGGAUAGGGGAGGAUGAUCCUUUGUAUCCAAUUCGACCUGCUCCGCUGCGCUUGAAUUCAUUCGGCGAUGAAUUUUAUAUCUGUAUAUGGUUCAUGAGUCUUUUCUAGCAAUAGCAAAGUGAUGCUAUCAUAUCUCGCAAACACAGAAGCCCCACUUUCCGGACAGGUAAGUUGUGACUACAAGAGAACUAUGUCAAUCAUCCACUAACUUCGUA